GCUUAGUGUGAGCCUGAUUAGUUUCGUAGCUGGUGGGUACAAGAUGUUAGUAGAGACGAGCACCCAGACAAAUGCAUGGACAUAGACUUACUUCUGUACCAGUUCCAGAGAAGAUGGUGGCCUCUGUGCUCACCUCAAGUAAACAUGUUCAACCUGAUGAGCAACUGCUGCACCUGGGUCUCCAAAAUACAAGAACCCAUCAGGAAAGUGACCAUUCUUGUGGUUGGUCUUGACAAAGCAGGAAAAACAUCCUCUAUCAGAGGGCUGUUAAGAGUCCCCCAUGGCGUGGAAGCAGGACCCACCCAAGGCUGUGUACGACAUGAGCUGAGAGUGGAGAACUACCUGGUCACCCUGUUGGAUGUGGGAGGAUCGGCAGAGUCAAGAGGAGGCUGGAGGGACCUCUACGGAGAAGCCCAUGGGAUCAUCUUUGUGGUGGACUCCAGUGACCGACAGAGGAUAAGGGAGGUCAAGGAGGUCCUGGCUGACCUGCUGAAACAACCGAGAGUGGCAGGAAAACCAAUAUUAGUAUUGGCAAACAAACAGGACAAAAUGAAUGCUCUGCUGGGAAGUGAGCUGAUUGAGAUUCUGUCUCUUGAGAAGCUAGUCAACCAGAGCCGCUCUCUGUGCCAUAUUGAGCCUUGUUCAGCCUUAAUGGACCUGCGACGUUGGUCAGACAGAAAGACUCUACGAGGUCUUCGCUGGCUGCUACGCGCUGUUUGUCUGGAUUAUCCUGAGCUGUGUACUCGUAUAGGCCAGGACAGCAAGAAGCCUCUGGAGCCAAGAGAGAGGGAGAAGAAUGGGAAAACAGAGAAAAUUCGCAAAAAAUCCAAAGUGGAACGAAUGAGAUCCAGCAAGUCAGAUCUUCGCCAGGUUCAUCGGCCCAAAGACAAGGAGAAAAAGAGCCGGGGUGAAGGAAAGCUGCAACCCAUUCGAAACAUGCUGCAGAAGGAAUCUACACUAAAAAAGAAGCUCAAGACAAAGAAGAAGAAGAAGCCCGUUAAGGACAAGGAAGGCGACAAAAAUGGAGAAGAGGCAAAAGAACAGGAGGAGGAAGAGGAGGGUGACGGUAAUGAAGGAGACCAAGAAAACUCUGCUCAUAGAGAGAAAGCCAGUAGUGCCCUGAUCCCCCCAAAAAAGGGCAAAAUGAAAAGCAAACCAAAGGUGAAAGAAGAGACUCUGGACAUACCAGAAUCGCCAGACAAUGAGGAGAAGCCACUAAAAGCUAAAGGAGAAAAGAGGAAGAAGAAGAAAGUUGUGAAAGUAAAAAGAAAGAACAAGAUCAACACAGAGGAGAUGCCUGGAGCUUACUCUCAACCUGUGGACCUUUCUGCAACCUUGGAUCUUUACCGAAAAGCAAUACUGGCUCUGAGGGAACGUCAGGAUCAGGGACAGUGAGAGAGUGAGUCCUGGUUGUGUCCUGCCAACUGAGUGUGAGGAUGUGGUCCACAGCAGUAGUAUACAACACACUACAUCACUUCACAAACUCUCAAACACUUCUUCUCACCAGGGGAUGGCUAUGUCUUUAUCACUUUCUAUAGGCUUCUAUAGACAGGUCAUUUCAGACCUAAUCCCUGAACCUUUGGAGUGAAAUUGCAAAUUCCAAAGUCUAGUGAAGGACAGGUCUGCAUAAACAUGUAAUCAUAGAAAACACAUUAAUAAUAUAACAUUUUAAUCAGUUACAUUUAAAAUAAAUGUGUGUGCUUGGCCAAAAUGUUUAAGUUGUAUAAAUCUAUGCAGUUUUAAUUGUUAGGGGAACAUGAAUUUUGAACCGAAUUUUUUUUAUGAUUAUUUGAACAAUUUUCCAGCAAUGAUCAGUGCACUGAGCAAGGGGCCAUUGUUGAAGUG